AUGGCUGAAGAGAAAAACCCCUACAAGCACUAUGUUCCCUCUGUCCCGGCUGCUGUCAUCGCAGCCCUGGUGUUCGGCAUAUUGACUGCAGCCCACGUCUUCUUCCUGGUCAAGUCAAGGAAGUGGUUCGCAACCGCCAUUGUUAUUGGGGGCUUCUUCGAGCUCUUUGGCUUCGCCGCUCGUGCAUACUCCCACUACCAUCUCGAUGAAAAGGGUCCCUUUAUUGUUCAGACGCUGCUCAUCCUGCUCGCACCAAUUCUCUUCGCCGCAUCGGUCUACAUGUUUCUAGGCCGCUUGAUCAAUGCCGCUGGUGGAAAGCAAUACUCCCUCAUCCGCACCACCUGGUUAACGAAGAUCUUCGUUAUUGGCGAUGUGUUGUGCUUUCUGGUUCAGGCUCUUGGCGCUGCAAUGUUGGUCAACGCCGACACUAAAGACGAGAGUGACCGAGGUUCAAACAUCAUUCUUGUCGGUCUUGGCCUGCAAAUCGUCUUCUUCGCCCUUUUCAUUCUGGCAGCCGUGGUCUUCCACGUUCGAGUCCGGUCUUUGCCUCUAUGGCGAUCUUGCGAGACUGCAGGCCUACCUUUGGGUCGGACGUUAAUGUCACUUUAUGCCGUGGGCGUGUUGAUCACAGCUCGAAACAUUUAUCGCCUGGCAGAAUAUAAAGGUGGACAAGAUGGAUAUCUUCUUGCGCACGAGUGGCCAGCUUAUGCUCUCGAUGCCCUGCUCAUGGCAAUUGUCAUGGCUCUGACGCUUCCUUGGUACUCCGUGGCUUUGCGUCCCAAGGCUGCCGAGGAUGGUUGGCAGCUGCAGUCAGCUAGUUAUCCAUGA